AUGGACUAUCCUAAUAUCAGCACCCACCCAGCUAGUAAUGGCAUUGACGUGAAUGGAAGGAAAGGCUCUGGUGCCGAUCACAAUCUGUCCCAGAUAUCCAACGUGGAUUUCGGAACGUUGAGAAAGAUCGGAACAAAUAUGUCGCAAGCGUCCGCUAUAAGUAAUUCAUCCGUCAAAUCCAAUCCAUUGAGCAGACUAUUCACUCGGAACAAGUCGCAAACAAAUGUCCUUGGAAGAAAUCCCGAGGGAGAAUUUGUGAAUGCACCAGACCCAACGAGUGAUUCCAGCACCAUUGAACUGGGCAAGGAGUCCAAGAUUAAUAAGUUAAGAGCAGCGAAGAAGAUUUUGAGUCCCACAAGUAAACUGCAGUUUGAAUCUUCUUCAGAGUCGAGUUUUGCUGAUGAGAAGUCCUCAAAUAGACGAUUGAGCGACGAAAUUAGAGGAAGGAAGCAAAUAUUGACGUCACCACUGUCCGGUUUCCACAGUCUAUUUCAUAAAUCACUGUCUGCUAGCGGAUUGCCCAAAUUUGGAGAUAAGAACGUGGAAGAUAAACUACACUCUGGCUCGGCAAAAGUUUCAAUCUGUUUGUCUUCGAACAAUUCGAAUUCAGUAGUGAAUGACAUAAUGCUCGCUCGUGUUUUUCGAUUCACGAAUCCAAGCAUUCAAAACGAGGACUAUGAUGGAGGGCUCGCGGAGCACACUUCGCUUCUUGAUAUUCAUAGGAAGAUGCUAACACCGGCGGACCUGUACAUUCAGAAUAAGCUUAGUAAGCACCACUCGCAAGAGAUCGGGUUGGGUAUUGUUAACAAAAAUGCUAUCGGUCAGUCGCCUAGUUUAGACGAGGAGUUGAAAUUGAACAGAUCAAGUCAGCGAAUAAGCACGCUUUUGAAACCUUUAUUCACUCCGUCCAAGCAGAAAAGAUCGUCAUUUUCUUCCCACCCAUUCUUAGGUCACUCUCUCGAUGAAGUGGGAGUAAUGAUCAAAAACCAUUUCACUGCAGAACUUAAUGGAUCCACAAGCUCGGACCAAAACCAAAAAAGUGGGAAACAUAGGAUCAAGUCAAAUAAGUCAAUUUCAAAAGGACAAGUCUCCGGGUUGAGCGGAGGUGAAAGCUUUUCAAUUGCGGCCCUUGAUGAAGAUGAGGCGAGAGGACUUGCUCAAGAUUUGGCAACCAUCUUUAUGUCUUGCUUAAGCUGGCUUAAGUGCGAUAUAACUAAUGCUAUUGACCUAGACAGCAACAACGAAAGCACGGGCUCUGAUGCGUCGAACGUUUGGCAAAGCUUGUCAAAGUCGUGGGUAUAUUACAAUAAAAAUAUUCGAUUUCAAAUUUUACAAAUAUUUCAGGUUGUAUUUGCAGCUCCCAGGUCAUAUACAGGAGGGAAGUUCGUGGAACAGAGGAUGCUGCCAAUCGUUGUUGAUGAGAUCCUUCAGCAUUCAUUUUGCAUCGUGUUUAUUGUUCCAUUGAUUGAAACAAGAAAACGAUUUUCAACAGAGUCGCUCAAUUUUGAUGUAGCUUCACGUCUUGGGAUGCUCAGUGAACAGGAGAGACAUUUGUUUCGGCAAAAUCCUUCGUUGCAAACUACCGCCUUACACUGCAUUGGAUCUCUCCAGAGCUUGCCGCAAUCGAGCUACUUCAAACCCGAUGUCGAUUUACAACAUUUACAGCAGUUAAUGAGGGAAAUUGUGGCUAAUUUGUCAGACCUCAGCUGA